GUAUUAUUCACGCUGUAAUGAACUCCAUCAAGAUGAAAAAGACGGAAACACGCUGAUUGUGGUCCCCUUUUAUCACCCUCGACCGCAAACGCUUCAUUGCAGAAAAUGACACCUCACCCCAUUCUACCCGAUGGCACCGUACCACGGACGACUGAGGCAGCACAGUGAGCGGGACGACCUCAGACGGGAAAAUCAUGCCAGAUGGAGCCCGAAGUCAACGGCGAAACCAAAACGUUGGUUGCACCACUCUCAAGAGGCGCCUGGUUGGCGCUGGAAUAGGUGCGGCCCAAUACCCUGUGGGCCCGCCACUGCCUCUCUGCGUCUAAUGCAGGAUAGUACAGCAAGAAUACCGUACAGCACAGACACAGAGAUGGCUUGCCCGUGACUGUGCCCUACAUUCAUAUUCAUGAACCAUGAAGUGAGCACUCAGAGGCCACCCCACUUUGACUGACAUUAUCCUGACAGUACGUCGGAGAGAAAAAGUACGUCGGAGAGAAAACCCAUGGGGUGACAUGCAAACUGAAAAAGGACAAGACCGUCAGCUGCACGACCACGAGGCCACAAGAUUGGAUCUCCUCAUUUCCUUCCCCCUUGCACCAAGGGCAACUGCCUGAUAGUAGUGGCACCGCUGCUUGUCCUCCUCUGGCAGGUCCACCCAGUGCUCAAACUGCUUCUUCUUGACUGUCGCCAGCACCUCAGUCAGCGGCUCGUCAUACCUCUCAGACGUCACUACUCGCCACCUUUUUACUUCCGUCGCGCCAUUCCACGAGAAGUGGAGCCGAAGGGUAUUAGUGGGGUUCUGGUUGUCGAGAAGCGCUGCUGGGUCCAGGGAUCCCGAUCCAGCGACCCUUCACCGUGCGAUAGGAACCUGAUGUCUCGAAUGCCCACUCCAUCCUAGAUGCCUGUGUCAUAUGAACUCGCCAAGCGCGCCUCGGUUGGCUUUCCAUCGGAAUCGAAGAAGAGGUCAUACUCGACACCUCGAGCGGACGCUGGUGUGGAGCCCACUGCGUUGUCAAAGAGGCUUAUUCGAUUUGCGCCCGCUUGUUUGCCCAGGUCUCUCACGUCGUGCUGCUGGCGAAACUGCCCGUUCGUGUCAUUGACAAUCCUGAGAGUAAAGUUGUCACAGUUGAAUUCCAACGUUAGGUUCUCUCGUCAGCUCCCCAUCCAUCCAUGCUAAAGGGUACCUAAAAUUGCCGCCCCUGCCGCCGAGACGCCACAAGACCUCGCCAGUGUCCCUGCACGACACCGGAUGCAAGUCCGUCUUUGCUUGCAAAACGUCAGUAGUCGCUCACCUAUUUAUCUUUAUGAUUUGUGACAUCGUCCUCAUCCUGAGGGUGAAAACCAGAAACCAUUCUGCUCAGAAACUUGAAGCCGAGGGAGAAAACGUGGUGCUCACGAUAGGAGAAUGUUGCCGUCGUGGGCUUCCUCCAGACUAUUCGCAUGAAAAACGUCCCAGAUACCGUUGAUGACAGUGAUAUGACUCUCCCAAAAGCUGAGGGGGAGAUGAUCCCAGCUGCGCCACUCGAAGGCCACGUCACCUGCAGACGUCGAAUGCAGGGACCCUCUUGUGCUUGCCGUUGUCAUCUGUGCACACAGCUCAUACCGUCAGCAGUGAUCUCCUGAAUGACCACACCCACAACGCCCUUAGUCCACUUCACAUCGGGACGCAAUUUCUGGCCCUGCAGGAGCUGAAAAUCGUAACUUACAGAUAAGUAGGAUCCCAAAACCAGACAGACGUCAAGACGAAUACCAGAUCGUGCAUACGCUCUUAAAUGGCUUUCCUUACAUGAAGAUAAGCCCAUUGCCGUUCUUCAUCAGCUGAAACCUGAUGAACAACCGAAUGAAGUGCACUGAUCGAGGAGCAACUUUCUUCCUUCGAGAUCCUUCUCGCUCACUCGUGCCCUUCCUGGUGCUCUCCAUGCUUCCCACUAAACUCAUGUCGCACUUCGUAGUCAGGCCCAAGCACCUGGGCGCGGUGUUGAAGAUGCCACCACAAGAGUUGGCCUCGGUGUGUCGGUGCAAAACUUGAAACGUCGACUUCUCUCUCGCGGAAGUACACCGGAUCGCCCGUCGAAGUCAUCUGCAGGAUAUGGGUAUUGUUUUAUUUUCGUCGCAACCCACUCGGCGAGAAUCGUCUUACGAUGAUAUUGUAUCGAGGCCAGACGUUGCUUCCACUAGGUCCGGCUGUAAAGAGGUAGCCAGUGGACAACGCAGACAGGUUCCCUCGAACACUCACGCUGGCACGGGGAUAGCUGAGAGGGAGGGUCCUGAAUGCAUUCAAAUGUGGGCACGAAUCGACCUGAAGGAAUCCCUCAUCUUGCCUGUAUGCACAGUUGGGAGCAUAGAACUGGCUUUCAUCCUGUCUGGGCAUUUCAUCACGACAAUCGAUGUCGUCGAGAUCGUCCACAUCGGCUGCCUGUGUUCCUUGCUGAUCAAUAGCGGGAAUGCCCAACAGCCAAUCGAUGUCUUCAGCCUUCCUGAACAGCUCCAGCGUCUCGUGCGAAGAAUACUCUUUCAAGGUGACAUUUUGUCGCAAUUUUGCCCUCGCCUCUACGGAAAUGUACUUGUUCAUUGUGUGAGACGAAAUAGAAAAGUUCCACGAAGAAGAAGAAAGCGAAUUCCCCUCGAUGGUCCUGAUUCCUCUCGCAACUGAAAUGCUAACUGUCUCCCCAGGCUCGAAAGGCGCCUCGGGUACGAAAUAGACGGUUCGGUUGUCACUCAGCAACCGUGUCUCUCCCUUGUGGUCGCCAGACUCAUCACCGCGGACACGGAUCUUCCCUUCAACGCUUUUUCUGUUGACCUUGUCUUCUGGUCGAAAGGCGAUUGUUGUGAAGGGGGAAACGAGGAUGGAAUGUGGCAAGGGAUGGGCGUAUACAAACGGGGUUUCCAACAAUGCUUCGAGCCCGGGGCUUGGCUUGGGAGCUCUUUCCAUUUCACCCACGUCUCUGAGUCUCGGCUGUCCUCGACCGAGGUCGACACCCAUCCAUUUCAGCUGACCGAGAACCUGCUCAGUAUUCCGUCGCGGCACUCCAUCGUAAGUGAUUGCCCCUUUUUGUGAGCUGCCAUGACGCCCAAAAGCCAAAAGAACGCAUAGGACAGCAAGAAUAUUGGCCCGCAUUGAAGAUCUGAAAUAUUAUUGGAGAUGGAUCCAUCUCUUUAUUUGUCACACCCCGCAACGCCGCGCAAGUGAAAUGUCUGGGUGCUGACUGUAGGUUGCUUCGGGAGCAUGGAUGGACUGUCGCACAGAAGGAUGAGCGUUCAACCCCGGUGGUUCCGGGCCGAUGUUCCACGCGCGCUGGCAAAGCAUCGGAGGAAAGAACACCCUUUGGUCAAACAGACUUUGGCGCCCGGAGUGG